UUUCAGUUUCACCGAAAUCGCCACCGAACUGCGAUGGCUGUACUCUCCUUCACUUCGCGCACUCCUUUCGUCUUCUCUCUAAACCAUAAACCUCAUUCUCUCUCCUCUCCUCACUUUCAAAUCUCUCUCUCUCCUCGCUGUCCCAGAUUCCCUUCUCUUCGCUUCAACUCCUCUUCCUCAGCCUCCGCCGCCGGCGACACCGGGGACGCCGAUAAGGCCUCCUCUAAGAUCUCCGACGAGUGGGGCGAGGACUACGAGCCCGAGCCCGAAGCAUCGUCCAAGCUUCCCGAUUCGGACCCUCCGAAGGACGAGGACGAAUGGCAAGGAGGAGUGGAAGCUGACGCCGGCGGGUACAUCGACGGCGGAAAUGGAACUCCGGCUACCUCCACCAGCACUCCGGCGGAGGAGAGAGUAGAUGAUAAGCUCGAGGCGCUGAAGCGUGCUCUGGUGGAUACAGCCUAUGGGACCGAGCUCGGUUUUCGGGCCGGGUCGGAGAUUCGGGCUGAGAUGUCGGAGUUGGUGACUCAAUUGGAGGCGGCGAACCCCACCCUGGCACCGGUGGAGGAACCUGGGCUUCUGAAUGGAAAUUGGGUUUUGCUGUACACAGCAUCUUCUGAACUGUUGCCUCUUCUAGCAGUAGGAACAUUACCUUUGUUGAAGGUGGACAAGAUUUCACAAACAAUUGAUACCAGUAGCUUCACCAUUAUAAACUCCACGACAUUGUCUAGCCCUUUUGCCUCUUGGUCUUUCAGUGCAUCUGCCUCAUUUGAAGUUCGAAGCCCUACAAGAAUACAGGUCAUAUUCAAAGAAGGUACAGUACAACCUAUAGAGAUAAAGUCUAACGUUGAACUACCAGAAAAUGUAGACAUUUUUGGCCAAAAACUUAGCCUUCUGCCUCUGCAACAAUCCCUCGGUCCUGUGCAGAAUGUUGUGGCAAGCAUAUCACGUGUCAUUUCUGGUCAGCCACCUCUUAAGAUUCCCAUUCCUGGUGAGAGGACAAGCUCAUGGCUUCUUACUACAUAUCUUGAUAAGGACUUGCGAAUAUCAAGGGGAGAUGGCGGUCUUUUUGUCCUCGCCAGAGAAGGGAGUCCUCUUCUUGAUCAGUAGGAAAGUAACUAAACUCCUAUUCCUUUCUUCUUCCCCCACCCCAUCCCUACCCCUAAAAAAUAAUGUGAAAGGUAUAUUCGACAUGUAUCAUUCUUUUUCUUUUUCUUUUUAUCUUCUUCUCAAGCUGUUGUAAUAUAUAUAGGCGAAACGUCCUAUGUUGUCAGGCUGUAAUUCUACAAUCUAUAAAACGUCGGUGAACGAUAUGUUCAGCCCCUUAUCAGCCUUAUACAAUAUUGAUUGGGGGGAGGAAUAUGAAAUCAAUCUUAUGA